AUGGCUGAACAAAGGACUUGUCUGAUCAUUGGUGCCACGACUGGCAUCGGCAAAGAAACUGCUGAGCGUCUUGCGAAGAAGGGUUGGAACGUCAUUGUCACUGGUAGAAACGAGAAGAAGGGCAAUGAGGUCGUGGCCACUAUUUCUCAAGCCGGCGGUAGCGCUUCCUUCCACGCAGUAGACGUCACAUCCCACCAGUCCGUCAUCGCUCUCCAUGCCUACGUCGCCGAAACCCAUGCUCGUCUCGAUGCCGUUGUGAAUAACGCUGGCAUGUCGAGCACUUUCCAGGCUUUCCACGAUACCCCAACCGAAGACAUGGAUCUCAUGUACAACAUCAACCAAAGAGGAACCUUCUGGUGCAUGCAGGAGCAAAUCAAGAUUAUGCUCAAGCAACAGAAACUCGGUGACGCUGGCAAGAAAGGCACGAUUGUUAACAUGGCAAGCAUGUCGGGUCUCAUCGGUGUGCCAUAUGCUGCUCCCUACUCUUCGACCAAACAUGCUAUCAUCGGCCUCACCAAAUCAACAGCCUUGGAGUACGCACAUGAAGGCAUUCACAUCUCCGCCGUCGCUCCCGGUGUCAUCGACUCGGGAAUGCCGGUACUGGAAGAGAGUUACAACGGUGGCGCAUACACGAGAGAACAAGCUGCUGCUAUGCAUCCCCUGAACAGACUUGGCACUUGUGCAGACGUCGCCAAAGCUGUUGAUUUCUUGUUGGAGAAUGACUUCAUCACUGGUGGGGUGAUUAGUGUUGAUGGAGGUAUCACUGCAAGGUAG